GGAGCGGCAUCCGGUAGCGGGAGAGAGUCGCCGGCGCUCGCCUCAGAUCAGACCCGUCCGUCCCCCCCAGCUCCGACCAUGUCCGGAUUCGAUGACCCCGGCGUGUACUACAGCGACAGCUUCGGGCCAGACCCGCCGACCGACGACGGGCAGCUCCUCCGCACGCAGAUCAAGAAGCGGAUGCGGGAGUUCCUGCGGCAGUACCGGGUGGGCAGCGACCGCUCCGGCUUCACCUUCAAAUACAGAGAUGAACUUAAACGCCAUUACAACCUGGGUGAAUAUUGGAUCGACGUGUUGCUGGAAGACCUGAGCAGUUUCGAUGAAGAUCUGGCCGACUACCUCUUGAAGCAGCCGUCUGAACACCUGCCUCUGCUGGAAGAGGCAGCGCAGGAGGUGGCCGAUGAGGUGACCCGUCCACGGCCCGCAGGCGACGAGAUCCUGCAAGACAUCCAGGUCAUGCUGCACUCGGAUGCCAAUUAUGCUAAUAUUCGCAGCUUGAAGUCCGAACAGGUGUCUCGGUUGGUGAAGAUUCCAGGAAUUGUGAUUUCCGCGACCGCCGUGCGAGCCAAGGCCACCAGGAUCGCCAUAGAGUGCCGUGGCUGCCGCAACAUUAUGAACAACAUUGCUGUCCGGCCCGGCCUGGAAGGAUACACCCUGCCCCGUAAAUGCAACACGGAGCAGGCCGGUCGGCCCAAGUGUCCCAUGGAUCCGUACUUCAUCAUCCCUGACAAAUGCAAGUGUGUGGACUUCCAGACGCUGAAGCUACAGGAGACCCCCGACGCCGUGCCCCACGGGGAGAUGCCGCGGCACAUGCAGCUGUACUGCGACAGGUACCUGUGCGACAAGAUCGUCCCCGGCAACCGGGUCACCAUUAUGGGCAUCUACUCCAUCAGAAAGUCCGGCGGGACCACCACCAAAGGCCGGGACCGCGUGGGCGUGGGAAUCCGGGGCUCCUACAUCCGGGUGGUUGGAAUCCAGGUGGACACCGAGGGCACAGGGCAUGGCCUGAUAGGGACCAUGUCACCACAGGAUGAGGAGGAGUUCCGCCAUUUGGCCGCCAUGCCCAACAUCUAUGAAGUUAUUGCGAAGAGCAUCGCUCCCUCCAUCUACGGCUGUGCUGAUAUCAAGAAAGCCAUUGGCUGCCUGCUGUUUGGCGGCUCCAGGAAGAGAUUGCCGGACGGUCUGACAAGGAGGGGAGACAUUAACCUCCUGAUGCUCGGAGAUCCCGGCACAGCCAAGUCACAGCUGCUGAAGUUUGUGGAGAGGUGUUCACCCAUCGGGGUUUACACGUCCGGGAAGGGGAGCAGCGCGGCCGGACUCACUGCCUCCGUCAUGCGGGAUCCUGCCACUCGGAAUUUCAUCAUGGAGGGUGGAGCCAUGGUUCUGGCUGAUGGAGGUGUUGUCUGCAUCGAUGAGUUUGACAAGAUGCGAGAGGAUGACCGAGUGGCGAUUCACGAAGCCAUGGAGCAGCAGACGAUCUCCAUCGCUAAGGCCGGUAUCACAACCACCCUGAAUUCCCGCUGCUCCGUGCUGGCCGCAGCAAACUCCGUCUUCGGGAGAUGGGACGACACCAAAGGAGAGGAAAACAUUGACUUCAUGCCGACCAUCCUGUCUCGGUUUGACAUGAUCUUCAUCGUGAAGGAUGUGCACAAUGAGGAGAGAGAUAUGGUGCUGGCCAAACACGUCAUGAACGUGCACCUGAGCGCCCUGACGCAGACGCACGCCGUGGAGGGAGAGAUCGAGCUCAACAAGCUGAAGAGAUUCAUCGCCUAUUGUCGCUCGAAAUGUGGUCCGAGGCUCUCGGUCGAGGCUGCGGAGAAGCUGAAGAACAAAUACAUCCUGAUGCGUAGCGGAGCGCGGGAACACGAGCGAGAGCGUGACCACAGCAGCAGCAUCCCCAUCACAGUCAGGCAGUUGGAAGCCAUCAUCCGAACCUCGGAGUCGAUGGCCAAGAUGAAGCUGCAGCCUUUCGCCACGGAGCGCGAUGUGGAGGAGGGGCUGCGGCUCUUCCAGGUCUCCACGCUGGAUGCGGCGAUGUCUGGCAGUUUGGCCGGUGUGGAGGGCUUCACCACAUCCGAGGACCAGGAGAUGUUGUCGCGCGUCGAGAAGCAGCUGAAGCGACGCUUUGCCAUCGGGUCGCAGGUCUCCGAGCACAGCAUCGUCCAGGAUUUCCUCAAGCAGAAAUACCCCGAGCACGCCAUCUACAGGGUCCUUCAGCUGAUGAUGCGUCGGGGGGAGAUCCAGCAUCGGAUGCAGCGCAAGGUACUUUACCGGAUCAGGUGAUGCCCACAACCUGGCUCCACAGUGCCUCCAUGAUGCCCACGUGAGUGGCAGUACUGGCCGCCUGUCUGUUGAUGCCCAACCACUCCCCUCCCUCUCCAAGCUGCGUUACUGGGGAGGGCUGAACAAUAAACCAAUUUACAGCAAGAGAGAGACAUAACUGUAUUUAGUACCUUGACCUCAAUGCGGAAAGUUUUUGUACUACGAAGCACGACUGCUUAUGUAUUUCCUUAAUAAAGUUUUGCUUGGCAGAAAAA